CGGGCGGAGACGCCGCUUCCAGGCACUGGAUUCACGUGGGAGCUCCGGCUUCCCAGGACUGUGCUGCGCGAGGGCAUGACCAAGUUCCAGAAGACUUGAAUGAAAAUUCUGUGGAUAAUCUUCAAGAGAAAGGACUUGGGGAUCUUUUACAUGAAGAGCUUUUCUGCUGGCUAAUUUUGGAAGAGAUGGCCAGUACCAUAACUGGGAGUAAGGAUUACAUUGUGAAUCUUCACGGAGAAAUGUACAGGAGGCCUGAGCUAGAUCUUUCCCUUUGUCAAAAGUGGGGAGAAGCAUCUUCUCAUGUUUCCAGCAACAAGAGCAGGGUGACCCUUCAAGGUGGUGAUGUCAACAAGUAUUUAAGUGCCAUGGAAAGUGAAGAGUAUUUGUCUUUGAAAGUUCCGAGCCAAGUGGCCACACAGGACUCCUCAGUGACAUUUUGUAAGAAUGAGCCCCAGGAUCCUCAGGAGAGAAAAAGUCUGUUUGUAACAGAAGAAAGUACUGAGAGAAAAGUAUUAGGAGGGAAAAGUCCGCCCAUAGGCCACUGUUCAGAGACCCUUCAUAUUAAACUUGUGUCUGAUGUAAUAGAACUGGUCUCACCAUUGUUCAGUGGUGAAGCUAUUUGCCAGAAGAGCCAAUUGAAAGAAUCCUUGGAUCCCUUUGACUGUAACUGUAAUAACAUUUAUGGUGGGAAAUCACGGGUGGUCAGUCAUCAGAGAGCUCCUACAGAGAAGCAUCCCUGUAACCAUUAUGACUCUGGAAAAAUACCUAAUACCAGCUCAGAUAGUCAUCCAUGUGAGAAAAUGCACAAUGCAGAGAAACAAUACCAAUGCAGUUGGUGUGGUAAGGACUUCAGGGAGAGCUCAGAACUACUACUUCAUCAGAGAGACCACACAAAAGAAAAGCCCUACAAAUGUGAGCAUUGUGGGAAGGGUUUCGUGAGGAGCUCAAGUCUCCUCAUCCAUCAAGCCAUCCACACUGAUGAGAAACCUUAUAAGUGUGACAAGUGUGGGAAGGGCUUCACAAGGAGUUCAAGUCUGCUUAUUCAUCAUGCAGUCCAUACAGGCGAGAAACCUUAUAAAUGUGACAAGUGUGGGAAGGGCUUUAGUCAGAGCUCCAAAUUGCAUAUCCAUCAGCGAGUGCACACUGGUGAGAAGCCCUAUGAGUGUGGGGAGUGUGGAAUGAGCUUCAGUCAGCGCUCUAACCUGCACAUCCACCAGCGAGUCCACACAGGAGAGAGGCCCUACAAAUGUGGAGAGUGUGGCAAGGGCUUCAGUCAAAGUUCGAACCUUCACAUUCACCGGUGCAUACACACAGGGGAGAAGCCUUACCAGUGCUAUGAGUGUGGGAAGGGCUUCAGCCAGAGCUCAGAUCUCCGCAUCCAUCUCAGAGUUCACACUGGGGAAAAGCCUUAUCACUGCGGCAAGUGUGGGAAGGGGUUUAGCCAGAGCUCCAAACUCCUCAUCCACCAGAGAGUACAUACUGGAGAAAAGCCCUAUGAGUGCAGCAAGUGUGGGAAGGGCUUCAGCCAGAGCUCCAACCUCCACAUCCACCAGCGAGUUCACAGGAAAGAUCCCUGUUAACAAGCUCUUCAAUUAUAUGCUUGUACUCUAAAGACUUAAAUAUUUUUAACAUCACUCUGACCUCUAUAUUCUAUGAAGAAAGAUGAGUUAUUAAGAUUUCCCUCACUGAAAAUAAUUCAUUCAUUUGAAGUAUUUAAGUGCCAAGAACUUUGUUAUAUUAUACAAUGAAUUCCUUAUCCUAGUUCCUUAGAUAGGUGGAGUGAAAACAGCUGUACACUAGCUCAGCCAGUAUUGUUAGAACUAUACUAGAGGCCCAGUGCAUGAAAUUUGUGCACAUAUAGGGUCCCUAGACCUGGCCAGCAAUCAGGGCCGAUCAGGACUUUCAUUCCCUGGCUGACAGCUGCUAGCCAGGGCCUUCCUUCAUUCUGCGCUGCCCCCUGGUGGUCAGCACACAUCAUAGCGAGUGAUUGAACUCCUGGGGGGACACUUUGCAUAUUAGCCUUUUAUAUAUAUAGAUACCCGCAUUUAUAACUGCAAGGACAUUACAUUUAUCCAAGUUCAACAUGUUUCCCUUUGUUCACAAUCUCUGAGAAAACAUAACACUGAUUUCUCUUCAAA